AUGGCAAAGAAGAAUAGUAACUUCACCACAACUGAAAAUGUUGCAAGUGGAUCCCGAAAAUUGUCAGCAUUGUGGAAUGCUCAAACUAGAGCCAUCUUCAUUGACCUUUUUAUCAAGGAGGUGGAUCUAGGCAAUCGUCCCGAUCUAAAGGGGAAGGAAACUGGUCUUGGGUGGAAUGUCGCUAAGAAUACCGUUGAUGCAUCUGAUGAAUGGUGGCAAGAUAAAAUUCAGGCAGAACCCAAAUAUGCAAGAUUCCAAUUUGAGGAUAUUAGUCCUGAGAUGGAGGAGAAGUUAGAUAUGAUGUUUUUGAACAUCACAACCACUGUUAACGGUGAUUCGAAUGAGUUUGUGCCAAUUGAAAGUACUCAAACUACAAACAAUGUGCCAAAAAAGAGAACUGAUCAAUCACUUGAAAUUCAAGAUAAUAAUGAGAAGAAAGGUAAAGGAGGGGGGAAAAUGGGAGGUGCUGCAAAAUUAUCACUGCAAAUUCAACGUAUUGUUGAGGUGGUUGAGAGUAGGAGUACUGGAACAUCAAUGGCUAAUACAGUUUUACAAGGAACUAGUAUUACUGAAGUGAUGAAAGAUGUUGCAACUUUACCUGGAGCAGAGUGUGGUAGCAAGUUGUGGUGGUUUGUAACUAAAUUAUUUUGUGCUCAAGAGAAUAGAGAGAUGUUUGUUGUCAUGGAAGAUCUUGACCUCAAGCUUCAAUUUCUUAAUCAUGAAUUAGCUGAAGGAUAG